AUGGAUCUGGCAGACGAGCUCGAUCAGGCAGCUCGAGACGGCGACGAGGCGGCGGCGCGGCAGCUGCUGGCGGCAGGCGCUCGGGCGGAUCAACCCAACCAGCACGGCUACUUGCCGCUGCACGUAGCGAGCUACAGCGGCCACGAGCGGGUGGUGAGGCUGCCGCUGGAGGCUGCGCCAGCCACGGCUUCAGUGGCAGACUCCCAGGGACAGACAGCCCUGCACCAUGCGGCACUUGGUUUCAGGCAUUGCCCAGCGGCGGCAGUCGUACCCCUGCUGCUGGAGGCGGCAGCAGAGCUGGCUUUUGUAAUGGAUGUGUAUGGAUGCACACCGCUGUUCAUGGUGCUGUUCUUCAGCCGCCACCGAACAGCAGAGCAAGUCGUGGAGACGGCCCGCUGCCUGGUGCGGGCAGCGCCAGCGGUGCAGCCAGCCCUGGGCAUCCUGCUGCAGUACAGCCAGCAAUCUGCCACCCUCUUUGCCGACCUGGUGGCCCGCCUGCCGCUCAGCCGCGAGCAGUGGCACUCGAUUCCUGCGCCCUGCCCCGACCUGGAUCGAGCGCUGCCAGCCGUCCUGCAGCGCUCGGCAGCAGAGGCGGGGUGGCUGGUGGGGCGGUUGGCUGAGGGGCAGGGCAAGCGGCUGCGGGCAGCGGCGCUCAGCCUGGCACGGGCGCAGCAGCCCAGCAGGUGCUCGCUUCCGGCGGAGGUGAGCGGGCGCAUCCUGGCGCAGGCGCUAGCGGCCUAG